AUGGACGACGCACUAGAGCUUCCGAACGCGCCUCCGAAACCCGUUCAAGGCGACGAACCUGACGAAAACUCUUCCGGGGAUGAAGAUUCUGGCGCUGAUUGGACCAAACUUUCGUCGUUGAAUAUCAACAGACCCAUAAUACCGAGGAGGGGUGAGAAGGAAUUUGAGCCAGCACCCGGGGGAGGUUCCGGGCUGCAAAUACAUGUCCUUGAUCGAGCUCGAUCCGCUAUGUUUGACGCGUUGAGGGCGACACGGAGCACUUCAAGUAAGGCAAUGAGUUACGCCGUGUGGUAUCCCAGUAUUGCCCGUGCCCACGUUACUUUGUCUCGGGGGAUUCACUUCACCUCGAUGGGGCAUUCUGUUCCUCGGAAGGAAGAAAACGAAGAGAAGACCACGAAGAGACUUGAACUACUUCCGGAAGAAGCGAUAUAUAUGAUCGAGCGUGGCGCCCUCUUUUGUACAAAGGCCGGAGGUGCCCCGAUGUCUGCUCAACAGGCGUUCAGUGAAAUGCUUGGUACUGAGGAUAUGACGCUUGAAAAAUACCAAGUCUACUCAUACUUGAAGCGACUGGGUUAUGUUGUCACUCGAGCGACCCCUCCAAGUCCAUUUUACCCCGUUACGCCCCCUAGCAGCACCAGCAGCACACCGCUUCGCCAUCAAUCUCUAUUUUCUCGGUUCACCUUCCAUCUGACGAAGCUAUUCUCGCGAUUUAAUUGGUGGCGUCCGUUGUGCAUCAAUCCUUGGCUUCGUCAGCACAUGAGCUACGAAUUUAUUUACAAGUCCCUCCGAUUCAUACCCUCAGGCCAUAAUGCACCGCUUCACGUCAAGCAUACAUCAGCGUCCCCGUACAAAAUCUUUUACCAUCUCUACAAACCAUCUACGCCGUUCAAGAAGACUUCCCCUCCUCCGCCCGAUUUCUCCGUCGUCGUCGUCGACGCACGUGUAACUCAGAUGCCUACUCUACGUGAGCUGGACGACUUGUUUGGUGAGCUUCCGGAGCUCCCGCCACCGCUAUCUCGACAACGGCACCCUCAGCAAGGGCCGCAACCUGCAAGGAAUCAACUCCCUCCAGCGCCACCGACACCGACAACGUUAUGGUCCUGGAUAUCAUCUUGGGUGUUCAAGGAACCCGAAACGCCGAGUCCGUUACCCCGACGACCUAAUCCUUUUGCUGCUCUCAAGGCUGGGAAGAGGAUCGUUGUGAUCGCUGCCGUAGAUGCGGGCAACAUCAGCUUCUUCCGGUUCGGGCAAGGUGGUUUCGAAGAUUGGCCAAUGAUGUAA